AUUCUCGUGCCCCAUGCUUCACACCGAACUUCCACCGAUCAGUUAUGGAUUGGGCGUUUAGCUAUAAAAGGUCAAUUGUCAUUGGUCAGAAGGUCUCAGUUUUGGGUUGCAAGGAGACUACCAACAGCAAUAAACUCGACUUCAUAAACAGUAACCAUGGUUCCACGACAAUCCCUGGCUCUCGCUUGGUGCGUCAUGGCCUUUUGCCUCAUUCUCAGUCAUGUCCAAGGGACAUCCAGCUACAGCCUCCGAGGAUCUCCGAAUAGCAUAGGCACUCCCAGUUUCCACGAAAUUCGUCAAUAUCCGCAUAUUGCAGAUCUUUGGAUGGAGGAUUGGAAAGACGGGGGUGCCAAGCGAAUCAACGCUGGAGCAGGGAUCUUCAAGAAGUACAACAAAGCCAGGGUUCUGAUGGGAAAACGGUCCCAAACCCGUCCCAUGGAUCAAUUUGAAUUCAACGACGAGUACUAGAACAACACCUUCAUAUAUGUAUAUGAGCACCACUGGUCGUCGUCGUUACAUAUCUUUUUUUCCGGGGAGGAUUAUUGCCAAUUCAAAUUUAUGAGGUUAAUAUUUCACGUUUUUUGUAUAUUCUGCUGAAUACAAAUUUGUUUGAGGCUUUGAA